AUGAGUUUAAGUACAAUCGAAGGUUCAUCCGUUGGUACAUUUUCUGAUUUUGACGUUUUAUCCGUCGUUACCGAAUUCGUAUCAAGUCGACCUGCAAGUCCCGGUGGUGGUAUGAACGACGGAGGUUCUGAAUCUUCAUCGAUGCCACCGAGGCCAAAAUCCAGGCCAGAUCAUUCGGCUAAAUAUAAUAAUUUAUCAUAUUGGAGAGCGAAAAAACUCGUUUUUUAUAAAAAUGGGGAUCCGUUUUUUCCCGGUUUGGAAUUUAGAUUUAAACCGGGAAGAGACGUCGGGAGCCUGGAUGGAAUUCUCGAUAAGCUCAGCCUUAGAUUGGAUCUUCCAUAUGGAGCCAGAUACAUAUUUUCAAUGGACGGAGAGAGAAAAACUAGGCUGGAAGAAUUGGAAGAUGGUAAUUCAUAUGUCGUGUCCAGUUAUAAAACGUUUAAGACUUUUCCCUUUCCCUUACCCUCCCCCCCAAAAAAAAAAAAAAAAGUCGAUUUUUUUUUUAAUUAUUUUUUUUUUUGGGGUUCUCCCGUGACAUAA